AUGACCCUUCUGGCUCUUGUGUUAUGUGAAGAGGGAAAGAUAUCAGCUGUCAUCCCCACCCUUGAAUCAAUCAUAAGCAUCAUGCUACUGCAGGCUGUGGCUGCAGUAAACACUGUUGAAGAGCAGAGGGCCCGCUGGGAGAGGAAACGUAGCCGGACAGCCAAGGAACUGGUGGAAACGGAGCAGAAAUACCUGGAGCAGCUGGACUUGGUGACCACAUAUUUUGUGACAAUUCUGAAGGCCAAAGGGACACUGCAGCCAGCUGUGCGGGAAGCCAUCUUUGGGCUCCUGGAAUCCAUACAUUGCACCAGCCAGAUUCUGCUGCUUCACUUGGAGAGAGGGCACUUGGAGCUAGGAUUGGAGGGUUUCUGUCAGAAGCUGGAGCUCUAUGGCCACUAUGCUGAAAACUUGGAGCAAGCUAAGAAAACCCUGCAGGAGCAGGUGAAGAAGAAUAAGGCAUUUUGCCGGUUUAAGAAGCUUCAAGAGUCUCGACCUGAGUUCCUGGGAUGGCAGCUGGAGGAUCUGCUCCCUCUGCCACUGCAGAGGCUCCAUCAAUACAAGCACUUGUUCAGAGACCUGAUGGAGAACACCAGCCCGGAUAGUGUGGAGUUCCAGUACCUUGCAAAAGCUGUGAAAUCUGUUUCUGAGGUGUCUCAGUGGGUCCAUAGCACAAUUCGCAGCCAUGAGAACUCAAUGCAACUGCUUCGGGUCCAGAAACUGCUCAAAGGACAGAAGACCAAGGUGCUGACUCCAGGGCGCUGGUAUAUCCAAGAAGGCUGGCUCAUGGUGGUGCCCACAAAGGGUGAAGAAGCGAAGCGUAAGAUGUUCUUCCUCUUCUCCGAUAUCUUGGUUGCGACAAAGCCCUGCCACCCACUGCAUCCCCUGAACUCGGACAAGUUUUCUUGCCAGGCAGUCUAUCCACUUAGCCAGUGCACAGUGGAUAAAGUGUUUGGCCAUACCCAGAGCCAAGGAGGGCUGCUCAGUCUCUCCUUUCCCCACAAGACACUGCUGCUGAUGUCGAGCAACCAGGAGGAUAUUAACAACUGGUAUCUGAAUCUGACAACUGCUAUCAGGCAGCUGAAAGCCAGGCCCACCUUUGUACACCAGAAGGAAUACCUGACAGAACAACCUGUCAGCUCAAGAGAGGCCCACACAGUCCAGGAAACAUGCCAGGAUUUUUGA